AUGUCGUCCGGAGACAAUGGUCAGCCUAAUCCGGUCGGUAAUGGCCAACAAUCGUUGGGAAACGGCGAAGCGAUGCAUCAGCAGCCGUUCAUUCGUCCUCCGCAGCUUCAACAAGUGCCACCGAGACUGCCCCCGCCAAGUGAUCCGUACAUUCAGUGGUUUCAGCAGCAGCAACAGCAGUAUGUGACGGAGCUGUUCCGACAGCAGCAGGAAGCCAUUAGUCGGCAGCAGGAAGCUAUGAACCAGCAGCAACAGAUGUUCAUGCACCAGCAGGAGCAGUUACUUCGCAGCAUCAUGACCUCGAUCCAUGUACAAGUGCCACCAAAUCCGGAGGCGAUACUGGACUCGCUUGCCAAUAAUGUGAAGGAGUUCAGGUAUGAUCCGGAGAGCAGUGUUACGUUCUCGGCAUGGUACAAGCGAUACGAGGACUUGUUUGAAAAGGAUGCCAGUCGUCUCGACGAGAGUGCGAAGGUUCGUCUGCUCAUGAGGAAGCUGGGAAUGUCCGAGCACGAGCGGUAUGUAAGCUUCAUACUGCCAAAAGCUCCAAAGGACUUUUCAUUUGCGGAAACCGUGAGGAAGCUUAACUCGCUGUUUGGUGCCUCGGAAUCCGUCAUCAGCCGCCGAUAUCGCUGUUUACAAAUUGUGAAGCAGCCAACCGAAGAUUACGUCACGUACGCUUGUCGCAUUAACAAGUCGUGCGUUGAAUUUGAGCUCACGAAGCUAACCGAAGAGCAAUUUAAAUGUUUAGUCUUCGUCUGCGGGCUGAAAUCCGACCGUGAUGCUGAGGUAAGGACACGCUUGCUGACUCGCAUUGAAGAGCGAGAUGAUGUCACGCUGGAACAGAUUUCCGAGGAGUGUCAGAGAUUGGUUAACCUGCGGCAUGACACGGAAAUGAUUGAGAAUCCGGCGUCUGUGAACGCCAUGCGAUCGUGGAAGCAGUUCAAGAAGAGUCCUGCGAAGUUCAAGUCGAGUUCCAGUAGCGAGAAAAGAAGCGGAAAUAGUGCCAGAAAACCAGAAGUGUUGUGUUGGUUGUGCGGAGCGCCGCACUAUGCUAGAGACUGUUCAUUCAGGAACCAUAAGUGCAGUGAUUGUUCGAGAACCGGCCACAAAGAAGGAUACUGCCGGAGUGCCGAGAAAGUGAAAAGUGGACAGUUCAAUCGGCGUAAAGGACACGUAGACUCGAAGGUAGUGACAGUGAAUGCGUGCAGUGUACAGAAGCGUAGGAAGUUUGUGCCAGUAGUGAUGAAUGGAGAAACAGUGAGAAUGCAGUUGGACACUGGCUCCGACGUCACCAUUAUUUCAAGCAGAACGUGGAAGAAAAUCGGAAGUCCGCAGAUGGAUCCGUCAUCGAUAGUAGCGAAGGCCGCUACGGGGAAGCCGCUCGAACUGCUAGGUCAGUUUUCGUGCGACGUGAGCAUCGGUGAGAAGAACAAGCGCAGCCUAAUUCGAGUCUCCAAGGAAAACCUUCAUCUCCUAGGGUCCGACACGAUAGAAACGUUUGGAUUGUGGUCGGUGCCCUUUGAUACGAUCUGUGGGAAAGUCAGCAGCGAGUCGACGUGCGCAGAUGCGAUGAAAGCGAAGUUUCCAGAGGUGUUUUCUGAGAAGUUGGGCCUCUGCUCGAAGGCGAAGGUGAAGCUGGACCUGAAGGCUGGUAAAACUCCAGUUUUUCGCCCAAAACGACCGGUUGCAUAUGCAAUGUGCCAGGCUGUAAACGACGAAUUAGACCGCUUGGAGCAAGAUGGAAUCAUCUCACCUGUGGAUUACUCAGACUGGGCGGCUCCAAUCGUCGUGGUUCGCAAAGCGAAUGGUUCGAUUCGGAUAUGUGGCGAUUAUUCGACGGGUCUCAACGAUGCCCUGCAGGCCAAUCAGUACCCGCUGCCUCUGCCACAGGACAUUUUUGCGAGUCUGGCAAACUGUACCGUGUUCAGCCAGAUCGACUUGACCGAUGCAUUCCUGCAAGUAGAAGUCGACGAAGAAUCACGGCAACUUCUAACGGUUAACACACAUCGCGGCCUCUACCAAUACAACCGGUUGCCGCCAGGUGUGAAAGCAGCGCCAGGAGCUUUUCAGCAAAUAAUUGAUACGAUGCUUGCUGGGCUGGAAUGUGUAAGUGGGUAUCUCGACGACGUGGUCGUCGGUGGAGUUGACGCAGAGGAUCACAAGAAGAACCUGGAAGCAGUGCUGCAGCGGUUGAAGGAAUUUGGAUUCACGGUCAGAGCCGAUAAGUGUACCUUCGGAAAGGAGCAAAUCGGCUACUUAGGACUGCUGAUGGAUCGUCACGGGUUAAGGCCAGAUCCAGCGAAGAUUGAAACAAUCCUGAAGCUUCCGGUUCCCACGGAUGUUAGUGGCGUUCGUUCGUUUUUGGGCGCCAUUAACUAUUAUGGAAAGUUCGUGCCGAAUAUGCGCUCUUUGAGGUUCCCACUCGACGAGUUGCUGAAGGAUGGGGUCAAGUUCCAGUGGACAGCCGAGUGCCAGCAAUCGUUCGAUCGGUUUAAGGAGAUUCUGAGCUCGGAUCUCCUGUUAACACACUACGACCCGAGGCGUGAAAUAAUAGUGUCUGCGGACGCAUCGUCGAUUGGAGUAGGUGCCACUAUAAGCCACAAGUUCCCUGAUGGCUCAGUGAAGGUUGUACAGCAUGCGGCACGGGCGUUAACGAAAGCGGAACAACGAUACAGUCAGCCGGACCGUGAAGGACUGGCAAUCAUUUUUGCGGUGACCAAAUUUCAUAAAAUGAUCUUCGGUCGCAAGUUCCUACUCCAGACGGAUCACGCACCCUUGCUGAGGAUUUUUGGAUCAAAGAAGGGGAUCCCUGUCUAUACCGCAAAUCGUCUACAACGAUGGGCGCUCACUCUGUUGUUGUAUGACUUUGUCAUCGAGUAUGUUCCGACGGAUAAAUUUGGAAAUGCCGACGUCCUUUCGAGGCUCAUCGAUAACCAUGCGAAACCGGAUGAAGACUAUGUCAUCGCCAGCGUAAUCCUGGAAGAAGAUAUGAGGUCGGUAGUGAAUGAAGCUUCUAAUGUUAUCCCGCUGAGUUUCAAGGUCAUCGAAAAGGACACCCAAUCGGACCCGAAGCUCCGAAAAGUGUAUCGCUACCUACAAGACGGUUGGCCGGAGAAAUCCAAAAUUGUGGACCCAGAGAUAGCGCGUUUCCAUGCUUGCCAAGAAUCGCUGAACACGGUAGGUGGAUGCAUUAUCUUCAUCAGGGACAUCCAGGCAUCCAACGGAUGA